AUGUUCGACGAAUUUGACUUUGCCAAAACAUUCCCCAAUCCCGUCGAGGUUCGGGAGUCCUUGCUGCCCCUUCUCUCAGUCAAGCCAUGGUAUUCUUCUGCUUCUCAAGACUUCUAUCUCACCAACGUCAAUGUUGUGGACGCCGCUUCUGGAAGUCUUCUCGAAGGACCUCAGACCAUCAAAGUCAGCAGGGGUGUCAUUGUGUCUGUUGAGCCCGAGAGUGCUGCCCAGCUCGACGACCAAGCAAAAGUAUACGACUUUUCUGGCAAAUUUGUCUGCCCAGGGCUCAUCGAUGCCCACGUACACGUGACUGCCGUACCUGGCGUACAAACGAUGGCUGAUAUGGUCAGACUGCCUUCUGACACAGUCGCUCUCCGUGCGACCUAUGUCCUCAAGGGCAUGCUUCAGAGAGGUUUCACCACUGUUCGAGACACUGGCGGCGCCAACAAGAUCCUCUCUGACUCCAUCAAAGAGGGUCUUAUCGAGGGUCCCAGGCUUUUCCAAUGCGGCAAAGCCAUCUCCCAAACAGGUGGUCAUGCCGACUUCUCACCGGCAUUGUCCGGCGGUGACGGAGGCUCUUGCUGUGGCGGUCAUUCGCAGUCUCUCGGGCGCGUUGCCGAUGGAGUGCCCGCGGUUCUGAAGGCUGUCCGAGAAGAGCUCAAGCAAGGCGCCGACUUUAUCAAGAUCAUGCUGGGUGGGGGUGUUUCCAGUGAGUAUGACGCUAUUGAGACGGUGCAAUAUUCCCCAGAGGAGGUCAGGGCCAUUACUUCUACUUGCUCGCAAAUGGGAAAGAGAAUGGCUACAGCCCAUGCCUACACUGUCGAGGCCAUCAACCACGCUAUUGACAACGGUGUCCAGGGUAUUGAACAUGGAAACCUCAUGGAUGCUCCCACGGCCAAACGUAUGGCUGAGAACGGUGUCUACCUCACUCCCACCCUCUCUUGUUAUGGCAUCAUGCUCCGAAAACCUUUCGAAGGCUUCCUGAACGAGGAGCAGCGAGACAAGAGUGUUCAAGUCAUGCAGCAAGGCCUGAAUGCCCUCCGGAUUGCCGAGGAAGCCGGAGUCACCGUAUGCUACGGGUCCGACCUUCUCAAUUCCAUGCAUGCUUUGCAAACAGAGGAGUUCACUGUCCGUUCCACGGUGCUUCCUUCUGCUACGCUGCUCAAGCACGCCACUAUAAACCCCGCCAAGAUGCUCGGAUACGAAGGCCGGCUCGGUGUCAUCGCACCUGGUGCCUUUGCCGACAUUCUCGUCCUGGAAAAGAAUCCCCUCGAGGACAUCACUGUUCUCGACCUCCCCGAGCAACAUCUCCUAGCUGUGUUCAAGGAAGGCAAGCUUGUGAAGGGCGGUCUUUAA